UUAUGUACAUGUCAGGCGUGUGCACCACGCUUUCACUGGAACGUUCAGAAGCGAGGGGGGGAGUCAGGGAAAACACCUGUGGGAAACUGCCUCCUAUUGGACCAGAGGACAGGAAGCUCCUCCUCCUUCUCCCCCUGCAGAGGCAUCAUGAUGGAGGACGACUACAAACGCAUGAAAAACAGAAACGACCAGCGCUACUGUGAGGUUGGCUUCAGUGCUGACAUCACCAAGGAGGGUCGGCUGCUGCUCGGAGCUCCAGGAAGUUUUUAUUUCCAGGGUCAGGUCAUCACAGUGGGUGUUAGUGACAUCAUCAACAGUGGGCGGAGCAACGAUCCUCUCAGUUAUGUAGCUGGAAUCAGCCAAUCCGAUGAGAAGGGGGGUUACGACCUUUACCGUGGUUACUCAGUGGCCAGUGGUCAGCUGACUGGAGACUCCACACCAGAUUAUCUGGUGGGUGUUCCCAAUGACAGAAACACAGCAGGAACCGUGAAGGUUUAUGAUGGGCGGAGUAGUGGGUCUCUGAGGGUCUACCACACCUUCCAGGGGGCGCAGGUGGCGUCGUACUUUGGACACAGUGUGGCUGUAGCUGAUGUCAACAGUGACGGUUUAGAAGACGUGUUGAUCGGAGCUCCUCUCUUCAUGGACAGAGUGACAGAGCAGCUGCAGGAGAGAGGACAGGUGGUUUUGUACCUGCAGAGACGACACUCCUCAUUCUCCUCCCAACCUGACCAAUCACUGAUCGGCUUCUCUCUGUACGGCCGGUUUGGCUCCGCCCUCGCCGCGCUGGGUGACUUGGACAUGGACGGUUACCAAGAUGUGGCCGUCGGGGCUCCCUGGUCAGGUGACCGUGGGCAGGGCCAGGUGUUUAUCUACCUGGGCAACAGUAACGGGUUGUCAGCCACGCCCUCCCAGGUGAUUGACAGCCCGUUGCCUAGCAGCAGGACAGCAUUCGGCUUUACUCUGAGAGGCGGUGCUGACGUUGACGGUAACGGAUACCCAGACCUGCUGGUUGGAGCGUGGGCUGCAGACCGAGCGUUUGUCUACAGAUCCCAAGCAGUGAUCCGCUCCAGAGUUUCUCUCUCUCUGCUGCCGGACUUCCUGAAUCCAGAAGUCAAAGUGUGUCACCGAGGACGCACCCCUAUGUCCUGUUUUGUCAUCCAGGUGUGCGUCUACCUGUCUGGUCACAAAAUCCCUCAGGAGACAGCCCUGGGGGCGGAGCUACAGCUGGAUAGGAUGAAACAGCCGAUGGCGAGACGGACUCUGCUGCUGGCGAGCAAUCAGCCGCAGGAUACGGUGAAGCUGACAGUCCAGAGGACGGUGGGCGUGGCCUGCAUCAAUCAGACCGCCUACCUGAGGGCUGAAGAGGAGGUUCGGGAUAAGUUGAGUCCAAUCUUCAUUACAGUCAAUAUCAGCCUUCUCAACUCUACCCAGCAUGCUUUGCUGCACGGACAGACACACGCUGCUGCACAGUAAGAACUCAGUGAACCCCGACAGUAACGAGGUCUCAGUGGAGGUCCAGGUGAAAGCCGAGGCCACGUUGGAGAUCAGAGGAGGCUCCUCCCCUCCAGAACUGGUCCUGCCCCUCCUGGACUGGCAGCCUGCAAUGCAUCCUGGGAGUUUAGAGGAAGUGGGUCCACUAGUGGAACAUGUCUACGAGUUGAGGAACCUGGGUCCCAGUGCGGUCAACGCCCGGCUGACGGUGGACUUCCUGUCCAACUGGCGACAUCACUUCCUGCUGUACGUAUUCUCCAACGCAUCUGAAGAAUCACUGAGCUGCCGGACCCUGAACGCAUCGCAGAUAGACCCCUUCAAGCUGCUUGGUAACUCGUCCAGUGUUUCUGUAGUUUCUCCGUCGACCCAGCAGGAGAAGACAAACUCACACAGACACACUGUUCAUCUGAACUGCAGCAGCAGACAGACAGGGUGUGUCAGGUUUGUGUGUGAUGUCACAGCAUUGGGGCGGGGCUUCAGCGCUGUCGUCAGAAUCUCAGCCAGACUGUGGACACACACACUCACACAGACUCCCUACCUGAACUAUGAGCUCAUGUCUUCCGCCUCCUAUGAGGUCAUCAAUGCAUCAUCGAAGGUCCAACCGCUGCUGCUGCCGAGUGGACACACACAGACUCAGCUCAGUGUGUCCUGGCGUCCUGAUGGACAGACGGACGUUCCUAUUGGCUACAUCGCCCUGUCAAUCAUCUCUGGCCUCCUCCUUCUGAGCAUGCUCUGUUUCAUCUUCUGGAAG